AUGCUAGAGACUCUCGGUGACUGCUGCUUAAUCCUUUUUUUUCCAAUAUGGCCCAUCAUUUCCAUAGCAGUUGGAAUAGUUUGGGGCGCAAUUGCAAGUACAUUUGCAACACUCAUUGUCUUGUCCAUUGCACUUGUGCGCUUCCCACUUCAUCUGUGGCAAACUUUCUACUUUGCUGCCACAACACAGGAUUGCUUCAAGGGUAUUCAAGGAAAGUUGUGGCGCUUACCAGUACUUCUGCUGGCACCAAUUGGUCCGAUAUUGUUUGUCUUGGUGUCAACAGCUGCUUGUGCAACGAUUGGCACUUUGAAACUGAUUGGAGAUGCCACUCGUACGGUGUACAGCCAUGAAUACGCAGAGGCUGCCAAGAAUACUCGGUCCAACUUGAGAUUCGAGGAAAAGUCAACUCUGAGACAAUACUGGGAUGCUUGCAAAGAAGUCGUGGAAGACGACAGCUUUGCAAGUACAACCAUUGAAUGCCUCAAGGGGGCCUUGACGCUGGUGUUCUCUCUUGCUUUUGCUUGCUUGGCGUUCAUUCCCUUUUCGGUGACAAUGACAGCCAUCACAGUAUAUCGAUUGCCCAUUAACCUUUUCAAAACAAUGAAGAUUGCCCUAUUUACCGUCAUGCUCCGGUGGGACUUGCGGAUUAUAGUGCUCUUCAUGCUACCGUUGAUUCAUACAGCAUUCCCAGUGAUGGUGCUUGUGGCCUCCAUGGUUGGCUGUUUUUUUUGGACAUGGGGCCAAACGCACGAGAACCUCUUUGAAGACAAGAAUCCCUUUCGAAAAUGGAAUCAAUUGGUCAAUACAGUCAGGGACUACUAUGAGGAACACAAAAAGUUUGUCUCAAAACGAUGCAACCGGUUUGACCACCCAACAGGCAUUCCAAUGGGGUGGAAUGGACAACAGUAUGGCUUGGAGAUUGAGCGGCUCCUUCGAUUUCAGCUCAAUUUCCUGCUCUGUGUGGCAUUGGCAGUGUAUCAGACUCCCAUUAUUCUAGUGGGGACCACUGUCAUUCUUCUCAUCAAGUUUAUUCCUUCGUGCAUCCACUUUUGGAGGGAAUAUUUUGAAGAGUGCAUUUCGAACACAAGUUGUGUCAUAAUACUAAGUGUGUGGCCAUUCCAUAUCCUUGCGAUUGUCUUGAUCCCAAUUGGCUCUUUCCUGUUUGCAAUAUGUUUCAUUCUGCUGGCUCUGGUGUGGGCCUACUUCGAUGUCACGCAGUUUGUAUUUGACGACCAUGCGCCUAUUUGCAAAUGCCUUUCAGUCCCUUGGAUCCAUAUACGCAAGUGCGAUAAAUGGACAGCCAAACACUAUGUCAGCGACGAAAGGUUCAGACUUAUCAACAAACAGUGUUGUCCUUGGCAUAAUGCAAUGAUUGAUGACGAUGAUGAUGACGAAUCGGGACGACAUCAAUAUGGUAACUCUUCCUCCACUCGCGAGACACUGAAUGCCGACGUCUAUUGGGACCGAUUUGCAAGUCAAUGUAUCCAAUCUACUUCGGAGCUACUCGCCAAUGGAUUUCUGGAUUUCGAUUCGGUGGAAGGAAUGGACCCAUCUUGUGUCCAAUCCAUUCCAUCCGUAGCGGUGGUUACGAUUCUGAUGGACUCGCUUCAAAAGCAAGGAUUGAAACGGGGAGAUAUUUACUGGAAAGUGGAUGAGUCUGUCUGUGAAGUCAAGGGACGGGCGCCAUUGGACAAUAUUUCAGCCCUUUUGUGGCCAAUGGUCUUGGACUUGUACUCUUUUUAA